UCAUCUUAACAAUGUUAUCGUUUGAAGACCUCAUGACAAGUCUGCAGGACUGCAUAAUCAGCGAGGAAGAAACACCGGAAGAUGUCAGCAUAUCCCUCAAUCUGUUUAUCAAUAAACUGGAUGAUUCAUCCCGGAGUUGUGUGAAAAGAUGCAAAGAACGCUGUUUAGAGGAAGCUGCCCAGCUGUUGAGAAAGAUCCCAGAGACGCAGCUCCGUUCUCUAAAAGAAAAGCACCUCCUGCUUCUUGUCAGGCUCCUUAUCUCCAUGCAGUGGCAGAUGGUUAACAUCUCUAUGGCUUGUCGCAAACUUGACCAGAUGUUGCAGUAUCUGUCAAAGGUGGAGUACCAGCUGGUUUUUAGAGAAAUCAAUCACUGUUUGCUCACUAUUGUCCAAACAGACAAGAUACUUUCAACUGAGGAUUUGCAGAGAGCCUGUAUGUUCUUGGAGGACAGUGCUUUUGGUCGAGAGGCUUGGAGAGAGAACUGUCAAGAAAUGCUGAUUAAAGUGGCUGAGUUGUUUCCUGUUUUACUACAGCAAGAGGGCUUAACAAAUGGGCCAUUGUGUUAUGUUGCUGUUAAGGUGUGUUUGCAGAUGUUUCAGCUGUUGCCCAGUAUGGUGGCUCCUCUGGCAUGGGUAAAGGGACAUAGAAGCCCAGCAUUGCAGAAUAUUCUACAGGCUCUCGUGGAUAUAAUUCUUGGAAAGUGCUCUAACAGGGACACGCGCCUGUUGGCUGGUACCGCUGUGGCCAUGUUGAUCAACACAGCCCCAGAGGACUUGGCUGGGGGAGCUGCUGCCUGGAGUCUUCUGAAGGUUUCAAAAGCAGAACCCUGGUUGUUGAUGCUUGGUGAGCUUGAGGUGAGGUGCAAUCCCACAAUGCAGGACGGAGUGCACAGACUGGCUGUGAUCAGGGGUCUUCUAACCUGCUGCCGAUCCCAGAUCCUGCUCAGUUCCCAUACAGGCAACCCAGAGGUUUGUAUACUGCUGGGAGGUGUGUUUCCUUUGGUCUGUGCUCUGUGUGAAGAGAAGCUGGACUGUCUCUACUAUGCCUUUGAAGUGUUGACACUAUGGCUGAAGAAAGUUAAAGCAAGUCUGACCGAUAUCUGGAAGAUGAGGGAUGUCCGCCUACUGCCCGAUGACUGCAACCUCCAACAAGAGCUCAUUCAGGUUAUCUGGAACAACACUGAAAGUCCAAUAGAGGGUGUUUCCCAAUUUGUGCGCAGUUCCUUUAGUCUGCUGCUCGAGCUGUAUGAGGCGGACUGUAAGCAAUUUGGUGAUACAAAGAAGACACUCUAUCUUACUCUUCUUCAACGUGUAACCAAACUCCCAUGGGAGGCAAAAGCCAAAUAUCCCCUACUUUGUGCUCUACUCCCAUAUUUGGGUACUGAUAAGGUGUUGAAGCAAUAUAUUGAAUUACCCAAUCACCUGCUGAAGUGCCUGUCCACUAAUCACCUGUCACCAUGUGCAUCAGAGCUGUACAAAUGUAUGAUCCAGCAGCAGAAGCGAGAGCUAAAUAUUAUGAAGGACGCUCUAUGUACUGAGCUGGAUGUGGCGCAACAGUGGGCAAGGCGUUGGUGUGCCAUUCUUCUUGAGGCUUUGACCUCUGAGGUGACUCUCCUUCAGAACAACAGCUCCACCUACUUAUUACCCUGUACGUUACACGUCUUCCCCUCUGCUACGGAGCCAUUGUUGGCGUCUCUGGACCCAGCCACUCCAGGGCAUCUCCACGCCUGGGCUUGCAUUGUGAGUUCUCAUCGGGCCAUUACUGGGAGCUCUAGCUGGGCUUUUCAGGAGGGCUCGGCCUCGGAGACCCUGCACAUGGCUUUAGGAUCAGUUGAUGACAAAGUUCGUCUUGCUGUUCUCAACCUCCUGUGCUGCAGCUCAAAGACCAAGGACCCCCCAACAUCAGAAGAGCUGUCAAUUUUGAGGGCAUUCAUUCCCCAGAACCUUAACAGUGAAUCCUCACCUUUCCGCCAACAUUUCCAGGCUGCGGUGAAAAGGUUCCUAGUUCGUAUCAGAGACAGCUGCUUGGCACAUGUAAGGGAACAAAAAGGCAAAAAGAAUAGCAAAAACUGCUAUGCCACAGAGACGGAUGUGAUACUCGACCAGGGAAUAGGGUUUGUGGAAUGGUUGGGUCAGGUGACAUACUCCUAUCUGGCUCCAGGACACAGCUAUCAGAGGAAGAAGACUGUAUUACUGCUGCUAUCUGCAGUACUGGAGACCUGCACAGACACCUGGAGUCCCGACAAGAAAAAAGGGCAGCCUCCAGUGAACAUGGCUUCUCUUAUUGACUGUGCCAAACAAAGAGGACUGUGGGAUUUCUUCUGCAGGGCAAAGCAGCUGAUCCUCAUUGGUUGUUUAGAGGAUUCUACCAAUGAGAUUCGAGAACUCUCAGCAGGAUUAUUAUUGAGGUUUUUCCCACCCAGUUUUCCAGAUGACAUCUCUUCCAUGCUUCUCAGACGUACCAGACAGCUUUUCUGCAGUCCUCGGGUUCAGGAGGCUCAGAUGGGAGCUCUGAUGAUGAAGGUCCUCCUUCAAAAAUCCCAAGGCCAGAACUUCUGGCUGAACAGUGAUGUCACUGUCAGCAGUUCAGAUGAGCCCAAGGCCUCCUUUGUGGUCAGGUACCUAGUGAAGGAGCUGGAACAGCAUUACCUGACAGCCAGUGCUGACAUGAUGCUAGCUGCAAGGACAAAACCUAUGCAUGGUAUUUUGAGUGCCCUUGGGAGGUGUCUGCUCGAGUUAGCCGGCCCUUUGCGUGACAUUGUUGACCGCAGUCUGCUGAUUGAGCUUUUGGGUCUGCUGGAGAAAACUUCUCAGCUUCUGCUUGGUGUGCUGUACGGCGCCAGAGACACUUGCACUGACGAGAAAGAUACGCCCCCAUCUUUCUGUGACAUGGGGAAUGCCAUCAGCUCUCUGAUAGUCCAGGCAGCUGGCAAGUGCCACGUGGAUGGAGAUGAGAGUGUGCUACUGUCUGAGGAGCACAGUCUGGUCCUCACCUGCUGCUGGGUCUCCCUCAAGGAAAUAGGAAUCUUUUUAGGCUCUCUUGUGGAGAGAAUUAUUGCUGAAUCCAAACCCACCAAGCACCUCCUAAAAAUAGAUGAUUUGAAAAGAGCAUCCAAAAUUUUCAAGGAUAUUCUUCUCAGAUGCCGUCACUGGGGGGCAGUAGAAGGCUGCUGUGUUGGCUUCACAAAGUUCUGUGCCUCUCUUUUAAGCAGUAGUGAUCCAGACCUUCAGGAGAUCCCCGCCCACAUGUUAAAACUAGGGCUGCAGGUUCUUCAGUCUGCUCGCUGUUCUUCUGUGACCCGCCGGGCGGCUGGGCUGCCCAUGCUUAUCCUGUGUGUUGUGUCUGCAGAGGAGGCCAGUAAAGCCAGGCCCCUCCUAGCAAACAGCAUGCACACCUUACUGGCGAUCGCCAGGACUCCUAUACCUCUGAACUGGGACCAGACACUGGACCUGCCGCAGGUUUGCGCUGUUCACACUCUGCAGACCCUGGUGCGUGGCUCAGGGCUGGGAGUAGCUAUCCUGCAGUAUGCCCCUGAGGUAGCCAUUUUGUCCCUUACUCUCCUCAGUUCUCCCUGCUGGGCCAUGAGGAAUGCUGCCCUGCAACUCUACAGUUCUCUGUGCUCACGAAUGCUCGGCCAGCGUCCUGGUAGUGAGGAGGACAGCUUCGCCCAGCACGCCAUGUCUCCUCCUGCCUUCUUUAUCCACUACCCCAUGCUGCAGCCCUUCCUCCUGGGGGAGCUGAGAGAGGCAGCGCAAGACUUCCAGGACCGAUGUGGGGAGGCCAGACUACACCUCCACCCCUCACUCUAUCCUGUCCUCACUCUGUUGGCCAAACUCCAGCCUGGUGUCCCAGACCCAACAAUAGCUCUGUCAGACUUCCUUGUCCCUUUAAUCCAGUUGGCUGCCAGUCCCAUCUACAGUGUGAGAGUCAUGGCAUCCAAGGCGUUGGUUGCCAUGACUCCUUCUUGUCAGUACAGGAGCAUCCUCAUCCGACUGACAGAUGAGCUGCCAGAGGCCCAGACGCCCUGUUGUCACAACCGACUACAUGGACAGCUACUGCAAAUUAAAGACAUUCUGGACAGAGCUCUACGGGCAGACAGUACCCACUCAGUUGACCUCUGUAAGGUGGUGAGCAGAGUGGAAGCCUUGCUGUGGCUGGUGACAGAUCAUCAACGCUGCCCCCUGGUGAGAGGGGCAUACUUGGCAGUGGCAGGCUCCCUCAGAGGAUUUUGCUCUGAAGCCUUCCUUCACAAAAUGAAUGGCACACUCUUGUGUGAGCUCCACAGACCGCAGCACAGGCUUCAGGUACUGUGCAUGCUUUCUGACACACACACACACACACACACACCUCAGAUUUUGAAACAUUUAAUCGGGUCAUCGUCCUUCCACCAAAAAGCCAUACAGUUUCUUUGUGCGGACCCAAGGUGGGCGUGCCAAACGUGGGACAGCUUUUCUGCAGCAAGCCCUGAUCUGAGGCUCUCAUUGGUCACUUGGGUGGUAGAUUGGCAGGACUUAAGGAGGACCAGCUUGCAACUGGCAAUCCAGAGGGUUUUGCAGUCCAACCUGCGGGAGGCACUGUUGAACCAGUGUGUGGCGUACCGCAGCACCUACCUAGCAGCCCUUGUGGCAGUGAUGAUUGGAGGAGACUCUACUUCAUCUCAACAGCUUCCUCAGCCUGCUCCGCUGGAGCUGCCCUUCCUGCUGGAGUGUCUGGAGCUCCUGCUAGGAGACUUGGAGAGCCAGAAAGGCGGACCAGAGUUCCUGUCCCAUGCCCUGUGUGCUGCUAGCCUGCUGCUUUCCCAGAGCCUUGAGAUUUCCAUGUUCCAAUGCUGGUCCAGUUUACUGGAGCGCCACCGGUCCCCAGAGGUCCCUGAGGCCCUCAGGAUGGCCUGUGCCGAGGCUCUGUGUCUUGCUGGAGUUUCCAUAAUGAGCCAAGUCCCUGAAGAGCACAGCUCUUUCCCAGUGUUCAUUACAGCAAUAGUUUCUUAUGCUUUUAUAAAACUGCUUAAACAAAAAUGUCCAUCUUUCCUGUGUAGGCUGAUCAACACAGGCCUUUACCUUCUACAGGAUGGGAGCCAGCCUGUAAGGGUGAAAGCAGCCCAUUUCACCUCUAUGCUUCACUGUGCCAAAAGAGGUGGAGAGCAGAGGAGUGUCUACCUCAUGCAGGUCAACCAGGCACUGCUCUUCCUACUGGACCUGCUGCUGGAGGAAUACUGGGAUAACCUUGAGACUAUGGAGGUGCUGUUGUGUCACCUGCCCAAGACGGACCUCAGAUCUGUGCUGAGAGAUACCAUGCAAACAGGGUGUGGCAGUCUGUACGAGCAGGACGAGGCCAAUGUGUUUGCAGAGCCUGCUGUGAUGUCUGCUUAUCUGUUGCCGUACCUACUGCAGAUUGUUGACAAAUACUGUGAAUCCUCUGCAUUGGCAGAGUGCCUGAAUGUGUGGGCCAAAGAGAAUGCUGCACAAGUACUGGACGGCCUCUCCGCAUGCAAAGACCUCCAGCCAGGUGAAACCCUCAACCCAACCUGGCUGUCUCUUCUCAUGAAUUCCCGAUUUCAUGGCACUCUGUGUGGUCUAUUUACAACAGCCACCCUUCUCCUCCAGCUUUUAAAAAUAUCAGAUGAUUUACGAGCCCUUUACGACCCCUCAAGCCUACAACAGAAUUUACUGGACGUUUUUAGUCUGCUUGGUCAGAAUGGUGUCCAGUUUCCCUCUACCUUUACAGCUGCUGUGGGUGGAGACCUGCCAGUACGGGGGAAUGGCAGAACCAUAUUUCUAGACUCGGUGAACAAAGCAGAAGUUUGCACGAUGGAGCCCAGCAUACAUGGCUGGAAAGUGACCAUCUGGCUUUAUAAAAGCCUUUGCUGUCAUUCCCUGAGACUGCAGGGUGACAGCCGCUGGGCUUUUGCUUAA